CCCAGACAUAGACGAGUGUAGUGAGAACCUCCACAAUUGUUCCCAACACAGCGAGUGUAACAACACACUAGGAAACUACACAUGUCUCUGUCACACAGGAUUUACCCUCACAGCACACGACACGUGUCAAGACAUAGACGAGUGUAGUGAGAACCUCCACAGUUGUCCCCCACACAGCGAGUGUAACAACACACUAGGAAACUACACAUGUCUCUGUCACACAGGAUUUACCCUCACAGCACACGAAAUGUGCGAAGACAUAGACGAGUGUAGUGAGAACCUCCACAAUUGUCCCCAACACAGCGAGUGUAACAACACACUAGGAAACUACACAUGCCUCUGUCACACAGGAUUUACACAGUCAGCACACAGCACGUGUCAAGUUGCCCCGGAAAAGCCAACAGUCAGCCCCUCUGUGCUCCCCAGCACAAUCUUGGUCGUAGGAUCUAACCUGACCUUGACCUGUACGUCCACUGACAGUGGCUCCUUCCUGCUGCCCUUCACGUACUGUUGGCGGAAGGACGGGGCUGCCUUCACCCCAGACAGCAGCAGCAGCGAGCUGAGACUGACCGGUAUGACGUCACUGGAUGAGGGAUCUUACACCUGUUUUGUGACGGCUGUAGGCGUGCGUUCUAGGCAGAGUGAACCUUACCGUGUUGAGUUAGUGAGGCCAGGAGACAUCUGCCCGUGUGAGUGCCGAACCCCCGCUCUGGACAACGCCUCUCUGUCCGACGCCGUGACUCGACUGACCAAGCGACUCGUCCUUGACCCCAACAUACUGUCCCGGAAGGUGCGCACGAAGACGUCUGCGCAGGACGACCGGCCGUCGAGCAAAGCCGCGGGCUCUGUGGCCAUCAUUUUCCUCAGUGUCUGUUUUUGCAUGAUUGUGCUGGCUGAUGCGUGCACGCUCGUGCAGUAUAUCGCGUCCAAGAUUUUUUAAUAAUGGGAAGAAGAAGAAGAGAUAAUAGCUGUUAUUAUUAUUAUUGUAACAUUGA